AUGAUGAAGGUUCCUGAAACCCUUGUCUGGAUCGCCGCAUUGGCACCCCUAGCUGCUGCCAAUUGGCAGUUUAAGUCUCGAACAGACCUUGCCCCACCUCGACUUAACAUCACCAUCCCUGCGUCUUUCGAUGUUGAGGAGGGAUAUCUGUUCGUCGCCCCGUUCGCGGGUCAAUGGGCGGAACCACAGCUCCAUGGCCCACGUCAGGAAGGGCCGUAUAUCUUUCGUGAUGACGGCGAGCUCGUUUGGUCUGGGUACACAUACUACUCCAUCUGGGCGGCCAAUUUCCAGGCCGCUUGCUGGAAGGGACAGGAUGUCCUAUUCAGCUUCGAAGGAGACCAUAACCCAGCAUAUGGGCACGGACAUGGACAUGUAACAAUUCUUAACCAGAACUACGAGACGAUUCGAGAACUGCGUGCCGGGAACCAUAAGCUCAUGGAUAAGCAUGAAUUUCAUGUGAUUGAUGAGAGGACUGCCCUAAUUCAGGUGUACCAACCAAUUCCAAUCGACCUGACUCGGUGGGGUGGAAGCCCAGAGCAACAGUGGAUUGUGAAUGCCAUCUUUCAGGAAUUGAAUAUUGAAACUGGUGAACUGCUUUUCGAGUGGUCAAGUCUUGAACAUGUUAGUCCUGACGAGGCCGUCCUCCCCCUCAACCCUGGUCAAGCUGGUGCAGGCUUUAAUUCGUCGGACGCAUGGGAUUACUUCCAUAUCAAUUCAGUCGACAAGGAUGCAUCGGGUAACUACUUAAUCUCCGCUCGCGAUGCUUGCGCCGUCCAUAAAGUCAAUGGGACAACUGGGGAGAUCAUCUGGCGUCUGGGUGGUCUCCGGUCUGACUUCAAUCUGGGCCCCAACGUCCGGUUCUGCUUCCAGCACCACGCUCGUUUUGUGUCGCAAGACAAGGACGAAGAGAUUAUCUCUCUCUUCGAUAACUCGGCCCAUGGCACCGAAAAUCACCGCGGCCAUGAGGUUCACACGCAUCCUUUUUCUCAGGGAAAGAUAAUUUCUCUCAAUACUGCGACGUGGACCGCACGGACCGUUCAGGCAUUCCAGCCUCCAGAUGGACUUUUGGCCAAGUCGCAAGGGAGCACUCAACUUUUACCCAAUGGUAAUGUCCUGGUCAACUGGGGUUCAGAGGGCGCCUUGACCGAGUUCCGACCAGAUGGCACCCCCAUUUUCCACGCUUAUAUGGACUCGGGCGCUCUUGGCGAGGGCGUUCAGAACUAUCGCGCAUUUCGAUAUAACUGGACCGGCUUGCCUACGGAGGAACCUGCCAUUUUUGCUGAGAGAACCCCAUCAGGCACAGCGGUGUAUGUCUCGUGGAAUGGUGACACCGAGACAGCGAUCUGGCGGUUUUAUGCAGUGACUGACCAAUAUGGAUCUCGGACAUUCUUGGGUGAGACGGAGCGACAAGGCUUUGAGACUUCCUUCUCUUGGACUGGUCACUCCUACUCGUAUGUGGCAGCCGAAGCCGUCUCAGACAUGGGCCACGUCCUGAAAACGACGUCGGUAGUUCCUCUCCAUAAUCAGGUGUUGCCUCCGGGGGGCAACAAUGUUGAAGCUGAUAAGAUCGCCUGGCGCCCGGUUGUUUUCCAGCCAUAA